AUGGUUCAAGAUAUAAUAUUUAUUUUAUUUUUAUCAGUUGCAAGUACAUUAUUAUCAGAAGGUGUAUCAUGGCUCUUAGUUUAUAGAACAGAUAGUUAUAAGAAAUCUAAAGCAAAUAUUGAUAGAUUACAAGCCCAACUCGAUAAAAUUAAAGAGCAAGAUUCAAAUACAUCCACACUUUUAAAGAAAAAACAAGAUAAAAAAGGUGAAAAGAUUGAAGAAGCCUUAAAAAUUGCAAACAAAGAUCUUUCAUUAUCUAAAUUUAAAUCAAUGUUCUUUGUUGCAAUUUCAAUGAUUGGUUUAUUCAGUUAUUUAAAUAGAAUUUUUGAUGGUGUUGUAGUUUGUAAAUUACCAUUUGUACCAAUUGGAUUCCUUCAAAAUAUUUCACACAGAACUAUCGCAGGUGAUGAUUACACAGAUUGUUCUAUGACUUUUAUUUAUGCAAUGUGUUCAAUGUUUGUUAGAAAUAAUAUUCAAAUGAUUUUGGGUACUGCUCCACCAAAGAGUAAAAAUCCAUUUUUAGGUGGUAUGGACGAAAAAAAAUAA